AUGGCAGACUUGACUCCUGGAACGAAGCAAACAGCAUCCCCUACCAGCCCAAAGAAGAGUUCUUGGUUGAGCAAACUGAGAUAUCCUUCAAGGAACCAAGAGGGGACGGUUCUGCACGCAGUGCCACCACGCGUGGCUGCACACUCAAUGUCGGCUCUGGAUAUUGCUAUGGCUGUCUCUCCAAACGAGGAGAUCCUGCAAGCCAUUGGCAAGAAGAGUUCUCUUAACACAACCCCUUCUGCUUCUCCUCUCAACAACUGUGCAUCCGGAUCUGGCAGUCACAUACAAGGAGUGUCUGAUAGCAGAAUCGGAGUCUGGCGUGACGGAGUGGCUCUAUGGGACGUGGAGAAGAAAGCCAAGAGGAAGUCAGAAGCGACAUUCCAGAUCCCAGCCGUCACACCAUCACCAUCAAAGGUAGACAGAGCCUGCCGGCCACGACUGUCUGUAAAGAUUCCAAAAAGUAAAUUACGCCAGAUUCUGGGGGACGACGCACCUAUACCACCUCAGCCGUCGAAGCCUGCCCGUGUUACUCCUACCACUACCGCGACCACCUCCCGCAGAUCAUCAUCAUCCCAGACCAUGAGCUUGGACCAAAGCUCUAUUCAUCCAGCUUUUCGUAAUACAAGUCCUGUGGUAGAGACACAAAGAAGCGAGGUCAAAUUUGUGUCAAGUCGUGGCAACAGUAGAUCUUCAGUCUCGAGCAACACGCUCUUCCAAGAUGAUAUAUUCGACAUCGUUUCCUGCUACAGCAGACACUCGUCCAUGACAAGUGUAGAAGCAGAAUCUCCAAACGAAGCGGUACAGCACUCACACUGGAACUACUUGGAUGUUCCCAAGCGAUCUGCAAGCGCCGCUUUCUCCAUCACUGAUCCUGUCAAGGCAGGUAUAUUCGAUGAAGCAUCAGGAGAUGUUAAUAUCCCUUGUGCUACUUCUGAGACUCAGUAUCUUCAGGUCACGAGCCAACCAAGUCAUCGCGCUCCGAGUCCUACAUUCAGCGAAGCCGUUUACGAUCUGCAACAGCAAUUGAGUACGAUUUCCGAAAGACUCUCAGCAACACCGUCAGAUGAUGACCAUGUCUGCAAAACAUUUAAGUUCGACUCCGCUAUCGACAACAUGUCUCGGGCACCUACCUUGCCCAAAAAGUCACGUAAACGUCAGUGGGUCAAGCCCGCCCAUUUGAGUCUGUCCCAACCGUUGCCUGCGGCAGACCUACCAGUCCGCCGCCAAUCAGUACCACCCGGGAAGCAACAGGGUCCGCACGACCACGAAGACGACGUUCGUAGAGUCUCAAGCGUACGAUGCUCAUUGUCACCUGACCUUGGAUCUAUGUGGCUGUCCUGGAAUGCAUCGUCUGCAAAGAAAUCACCAGGUUUGACAUUUGAGCACGAGGCUUUGUGUCUGAAGAUCAUGGCUCAUUCGGCGUCCUUUGAGGACCUAAAGUCUUUGACGAUGGUAAACAAAACAACAAGGAAAUGCUUUGAAAACAACAAGCUAAGACUCAUGAAAUCGGCGCUGUUCAACGUAUCGCCACCAGCCUGGGAGUUGAGGGAACUUUCNCCCUUUCCAUUUGGCAAUUUCAUGCCUACAGACUUCCUUGACGACAUCGAGAUCUCCCCUUCAGCCUACAUGUCGUGUACAGUGCAUGAUCGGCUGAUCGUCCAAGAACUCAAGAGCAUCAUUGCUACGAAGUGUCAGUCGUUUAUUCGUCCUGAGACUGUCUCUAGUCUCAUGACUGAAGGAUCCACAAGAUUCGAGGACGCGAUAUACCGUGUAUGGUCUUUCUGCAAGAUGUUCGGUUGCGAUAGAGGGCGGGAGAAUGACGUUAAAGGCCAAACUGACUGGCUCAAGGGCGGUAUCCUGGCACACCANAAAGGCUGUGCUGCCACUCUAAGCUUUGGUCCAGAAAUCGAGAUUGACGGGAUCUUGCUCAACGCUCCUGAACACUUCGCGGCUGGAAACUGUUCUGGAUUAUCUGCUGAACAGCUCUAUGAUAUGUCAGAGAUCUGGGAAUGUCUCUACGCUUUGAUGCAACCCUACGAAGGGGAGACAAGCAAAGCACAAAGCUGUGGCAUCUUUCGUCAUACUGGCGGUGGUUUCAUGGAUCCGAUGGUACAAGGCCGUGUCGUCGAAGAAUGGAUAGCUUAUAUUCUAUCUCUUGGGCCAUCGGUUGUUUUGGAGCUCGCAAGAUUUGACGAUACGAGUGCCGGACUCGACUUUGCUCACCUAAAUGACUGGACCGACUGGACACCUCCGCAUUCCGGUAUGACCCGUCGGAGGUUCUUCCAAGAACCUGUCUUUCAACUUUAUGAAGAACGGCUUCUUGCUUCCACAGCUGGUACUCAGUCAAAGGAUGUCACCAAGACAUUGCUCCGAAAGCGUCAGACUGCGGAGAUGAACCUUGCUUAUCGCCAGAUGUCGCUGAGAAGCAGAAAGAUUGAAGAACCACCAUGCGCUCUGAGUCGUCAUGACAGCGCGCUCGCUCCAGAGGUACACAAGAAACCAAUCUCAAGGAGGUUAUCGACCCCCACUUCUCCCAGAUCUCCUUCUACAGAUGCCGGAGAUGGUUGGAGAACACAGCCCAUGUCUUGGUCGCCCAGGAAAGUGAGCCCGAUCAUCGAACAUAGAGUCGACACGUUCAACAGACUGAGCAUGCUCAGCUUUGAGGGAUUCGCCGAGGACACGAGUGGAUUGGCCAUUGGCAAGAUCAUGGAUAUCGGAUUUUCGAAUGCACAGGCAAAGGAGGCGUUACGGAUCACAGAUAUGGGCAGUGGUUUGCGGGUGGAUCGGGCUGUAGACUGGCUGUUGAGGCAAAAUCGGUUUUAG